CCUCCCGCUGCCGCCGGCGGCCCGGCGGGUGGGUGCGAGGUCGGGGCUGCCGGGCACCCCGCCCCUCCCCGGCUGGGCCGUCAUUCGGCUGCCGGUUGAUUACAGGGUAUUGAUUUGUAUGUGCUUCUCCCGGCGCCGGCCGCUCCCGCUGGUGCUGCUGGAGUUCGGGCAGCGCUUCUCGUAGCGGCGGCGGCAGCUCCCACCAAACAUGUCGGCUCCCGCCGGGCCCCGGAGCGGCCCCGCCGCUCCUCAGCCUCCUCCGGCCCCGCAGCCCGAGAUGCCGGACCUCAGCCACCUCACGGAGGAAGAGCGGAAGAUCAUCCUGGCCGUCAUGGACCGCCAGAAGAAGGAAGAGGAGAAGGAGCAAUCCGUGCUCAAGGUCAAAGAGGAGCAAAAACCACAGCCGACACAGUGGUUUCCCUUUAGUGGGAUCACUGAGCUGGUAAAUAACGUUCUUCAACCACAGCAAAAACAGCAAAAUGAAAAGGAGCCCCAGACAAAAUUACAUCAGCAGUUUGAGAUGUAUAAGGAGCAAGUGAAGAAGAUGGGUGAAGAAUCACAGCAGCACCAGGAGCAGAAGGGUGAUGCCCCAACCUGUGGCAUCUGCCACAAAACAAAGUUUGCUGAUGGCUGUGGCCAUAACUGUUCGUAUUGCCAAACUAAAUUCUGUGCGCGCUGCGGAGGAAGAGUGUCUCUGCGGUCAAAUAAGGAGGACAAAGUGGUAAUGUGGGUAUGUAACUUGUGCCGAAAACAACAAGAAAUCCUCACAAAAUCAGGAGCCUGGUUCUAUAACAGUGGAUCACACGCACCACAGCAGCCAGACCAAGAAGGAAUUAGAGCUCUGAGGAACGAGGAAGCACCUCAAGAGAAAAAAGCAAAACUGCAGGAGCAUCCGCAAUACCAGGGACCACCAGGUGACAUAUCCACACAAGCUUUGGACAAAAACAGAUCUCAAGGGCUCACAAGACAAGACUCCAUUAAGAAUGGUUCAACAGUAAAGCAUCAAGUACCAAGUGACACAUCAGACAGGAAAAGAAGCCCUUCAAUAUCAAGAGAACAGAGCAGAAGAUACGACCAAAGGGACGAGCGAGACGAAUAUUCACAGUAUGCUACAUCAGACAGUGCGAUGCCCAGGUCACCAUCAGAUUAUUCAGAUAGGCGGUCACAGCGUGGGCCUCAGUUAUAUGAAGAACCUGAACUGGGUGAUUAUAGAGAUUCCAACAGAAGGAGCCGCAGGCGUUCCAAGGAGUAUCCGGUAGAAGAAGAAGAUGCACAAAGCAGGGAAGAAUAUGAAAGGCAAAGGAGGGAAGAGGAAUACCAGGCACGAUACCGAAGUGAUCCUAAUUUGGCUCGUUAUCCAGUCAAGCCACAGCCAUAUGAGGAGCAAAUGCGUAUCCACGCCGAAGUGUCCCGAGCACGUCAUGAGCGGAGACAUAGCGAUGUCUCACUGGCAAAUACAGAGUUGGAAGAUUCUCGGAUGUCCAUGCUCAGGAUGGAACGGCCAUCAAGACAAAGAUCAGUGUCUGAGCGCAGGGCUGCUAUGGAAAAUCAACGUUCAUACUCUAUGGAAAGAACUCGAGAGGCUCAGGGACCAAGUCCCAAUCGUCAGAGGACCACAAAUCAUAGCCCUCCUACACCUAGGAGGAGUCCAAUUCCUCUGGAAAGACCAGACAUGAGGCGCUCUGAUUCUUUAAGGAAACAGCACCAUUUGGAUCCCAGUUCUGCUGUCCGGAAAACAAAACGUGAAAAGAUGGAGACCAUGUUACGGAAUGAUUCACUUAGCUCAGACCAGUCUGAAUCUGUCAGACCUCCACCACCAAAGCCCCAUAAAACGAAAAAAGGAGGUAAAAUGCGCCAGGUUUCAUUAAGUAGCUCAGAAGAAGAAUUGGCAUCCACUCCAGAAUAUACAAGUUGUGAUGAUGUAGAGAUUGAAAGUGAAAGUGUUAGUGAAAAAGGGGACAGUCAAAGGGGAAAAAGAAAAACUAGUGAGCAGGCAGUUUUGUCGGAUUCUAACGCCUUAUCCGAGAGGCAAAAGAAAAUGGUGUGCUUUGGUGGCCACUCUUUGGAAGAGGAUUUGGAAUGGUCUGAGCCUCAGAUAAAAGACUCUGGGGUAGAUACGUGUAGUAGCACAACUCUAAAUGAGGAACAUAGCCAUAGUGAGAAGCAUCCAGUAACUUGGCAACCAUCCAAAGAUGGAGAUCGGCUCAUUGGUCGGAUUUUGUUAAAUAAACGACUAAAAGAUGGAAGUGUGCCUAGGGAUUCAGGAGCAAUGCUUGGAUUGAAGGUAGUAGGAGGAAAGAUGACUGAAUCAGGUCGGCUCUGCGCGUUUAUCACCAAAGUUAAAAAAGGAAGCUUAGCUGAUACGGUUGGGCAUCUUAGACCAGGUGAUGAAGUAUUAGAAUGGAAUGGAAGGAUACUACAAGGAGCUACCUUUGAGGAGGUGUAUAAUAUCAUUUUAGAAUCCAAACCUGAGCCACAAGUAGAGCUUGUAGUUUCAAGACCAAUAGGGGACAUUCCCAGAAUACCUGACAGCACACAUGCACAGCUGGAGUCCAGUUCUAGUUCAUUUGAAUCUCAAAAAAUGGACCGACCUUCUAUUUCAGUGACUUCUCCUAUGAGUCCUGGCAUGUUAAGGGAUGUUCCACAGUUCUUGUCUGGACAACUUUCAAGCCAAAGCCUUAGUAGAAGAACAACGCCUUUUGUUCCUAGGGUUCAGAUAAAGCUGUGGUAUGACAAGGUUGGUCAUCAAUUAAUAGUGACCAUACUGGGAGCAAAGGAUCUUCCUUCAAGGGAAGAUGGGAGGCCAAGGAAUCCUUAUGUUAAAAUUUACUUUCUUCCAGACAGAAGUGAUAAAAAUAAAAGAAGAACAAAAACAGUAAAGAAAACAUUGGAACCUAAGUGGAAUCAGACAUUUAUUUAUUCUCCAGUUCAUCGGAGAGAGUUUAGAGAACGAAUGUUAGAAAUCACUCUCUGGGACCAAGCACGAGUUCGAGAGGAAGAAAGUGAAUUUUUAGGAGAGAUUCUUAUUGAGUUAGAGACAGCAUUACUAGAUGAUGAACCUCACUGGUACAAACUUCAAACACAUGAUGUCUCUUCAUUGCCACUUCCCCAUCCCUCACCAUAUUUGCCACGCAGACAGCUCCAUGGCGAGAGUCCCACACGGAGGUUACAAAAUAAAGGCUUAUAUUCAUAUAAUUCAGGAUCCAAAAGAAUCAGUGACAGUGAAGUCUCUGAUUAUGACUGUGAUGAUGGAAUUGGUGUUGUUUCAGACUACCGUCAUAAUGGGAGAGAUCUUCAAAGUUCAACACUAUCAGUGCCAGAGCAAGUAAUGUCAUCUAAUCAUUGUUCUCGAUCAGGGUCCCCUCACCGUGGAGAUAGUAUAGGACGGACUAGAUCGUGGUCUCCCAGUGUCCCUCCCCCACAAAGUCGGAAUGUGGAUCAGGGCCUGCGAGGGACGCGCUCGACCGCUGCGCAUUACAACACGCUGAACCGCAUGGACAGGCACCGUGUGAUGGACGACCACUACUCCCCCGACAGAGAGAGGAAUUGUGAAGCAGCAGAUAGACAGCCAUAUCAAAGAUCCCGAUCAACAGAGCAACGUCCUGUGCUAGAGCGGACCAACUCCCGCUCCCGAUCCACAGAGCGUCCUGACUCAAACCUCAUCAGGUCGAUGCCUUCAUUAAUGACUGGAAGAUCUGCCCCUCCUUCACCUGCCUUACCGAGGUCACAUCCUCGAACUGGGUCUGUCCAGACAAGUCCAUCAAGUACUCCAGUAGUAGGGCGAAGGGGCAGGCAGUUACCACAGCUCCCACCAAAGGGGACGUUGGAGAGAAACAAUGGAGACAAGGAGCUAGAAUCUUAUGAAGAAGAAGCGGAAUCAUCAAGGAGAACAAACUCAGAAGAAAAGAAAACAGAUCCAGAGAAUGGGGAUACAGGUGCAAUGGACGUAGAAGAAAGGAAUCGCCAAAUGAAAAUGAGCAAGUACAAACAGGUAGCAGGAUCAGAUUCCAGGCUGGAACAAGAUUAUCAUUCUAAGUACCGGCCGGGGCGGGAUCCUCACCGAGGCUCAGACAAUGUGUCCAACAAGUCUUCGGACAGCGAUGUCAGCGAUGUCUCGGCCGUGUCCCGCACCAGCAGUGCGUCCCGUUUCAGCAGCACGAGCUACAUGUCGGUGCAGUCAGAGCGCCCAAGGGGAAACAAGAAAAUAAGGUGA